GUUUUUGACAUCUUUUUCUCUCUCUCUCUUUCAUCUGAAUCGUGUCCUUUUGUUUUAGUUUUUUUUUCAUCAAAUACUAAUAAUACAAUCACCGAAUGUUUAAAUAGCCGAAAUGGAUACAACAACAACAACAACUACAACAGCAUUGUCAACAGCUGCUACGACCAAUGAUGAUGAUACAUUAAUAAUACCGAUAUCAAAAUAUUCAAUACCAUUAGCAGUUGCUGCAAGUGGAAUUGAUUCAACAUCAUCCAAACAAUUGAAUGGUGUUAAUCAUAUUAAUGAUGAUACAAAUCCUGAAAUUUAUGAAGCUGUAUCAAAAGUGUUACAAAAUUAUAGCUGGUCAUUAGUACCGAAAACAACAAAACCGGUUAGUUCGACAACAGUGAAACAAUCACAACAUGUAAAACGUCCAAUGAAUGCAUUUAUGGUAUGGGCACAAGCUGCACGUCGUCAAUUAUCGGAACAGCAUCCUCAUCUACAUAAUGCUGAAUUGAGUAAAACUUUAGGCAAUCUAUGGAGAAAUUUGGAUGAAAAAACUAAACAACCAUUCAAACUGGAAGCCGAACGUUUACGAUGUCAACAUAAAAAAGAUCAUCCAGAAUAUAAAUAUCAGCCAAGAAGACGAAAAUUAUCAAAUAAAGCUAAUAAUAACGAUAACGCUGAUAAACCUCAGCAACAACAACCGAAUAGUAGAAGAAUUAAUCGUAAUACAAAACGAAAUAUGCAACAACAAUCACGUAACCAAAAUGAUGUUGUUGGUAGUGGUGUUGUUGAUCAUGAUAAUUGUUACAGUGAUGAUAGUAAUGGAUUAGCACAAUGUAAUGAUCAUCAUCAUCAAAAUAUGGAUCAUGAUCCAAUUAGUCCACAAUCAAUGGAAUCUACAUCGAAAGGAUCAUCUAAUUAUAUGGCUAGUAAUAGUCCACCGACACCGCCUACAACACCGCAAUCUGCAAAUCGAUCUGGAUUACAUCGCAAUAGUAAUAAUAGUAAUAAUAAUAAUGAUAAUCAACAACAACAGGCUGCAUUUACAUUGAAAAAAUAUGAAUUCUCACCAUAUGCUCAUCUUGUAUCACCAAUCGAUAAGAUUGAAGAUGGUAUCGAUUGUAUUAAAGAUCAUCAAUCAGUUUCACCACCAACAACAACAGAAUCAACAACAUCGAUCAUUGGUUUACAUAAUUCGAAUAGCUAUGAUAAUCAUCUACAACAUUCGGUUGGUGGUGGUAAUCACAAUCCUCAUCAUCAAACACAUCAUCAUUUGGUCAAUGAUCAUCAUCAUCAUAGUCCUGGUAGUAAUUGGUCUCGAUUGGUUGAAUCAUCACAUGGACCAACGUCAUUUUAUCAUCCGCAUCAUCAUCAUCCACAUGUUGGAAGUGAAGCAACAAGUUUGAUAAGUGGAAACGCUGAUUCGAAUACAUCGAAUACUUUAUUAGGUCCAAGUAGCAAUACGGCUGCCGUUGCUGCUGCCGCAGCAGCUACAAUGAUUGGACAAUAUGGUGGUGCUGCAUCAACUACUACUCCAUUCAUCAAUAAUAUGUCUGCAUAUCAUCCCGGUUCACAUGGUCAUCAAAGCUGGUCAAGAUUUGUCACCGAUAAUCAUCAUCAUCCAUAUGGUCAUCAUCAUCAUUAUGCAACCACAGCUGAAACAGCUGCUAAUUAUGCACCACCACCACCACCACCAGCGGCUCCAAGUUCAUUUCAUGAAUAUUAUGUAGCCACAACAAAACGUAAUAAUAUGACCAAUUAUAGUGCAAGCCAAAUCGGUAAUAGUUCGACAGGAUUUAUAACAACAACGUCAACAAUGGCAACAACAACAACACCACCGGAAACGUUAAACGAUCAUCAUCAUCAUCAUCUAGCAGCAAGUUCAUUAUGGAAUUCUAAAGCAUCAUCACCAACAACCGCUGCUGCUGCUGCUGCUGCUACUAAUGUUUAUCAUUGUUCAAAAUUAGAUCCAUCUUUUGAAACAAAUGUACAUCAAAAUUCAUUGCUUGCUAUGAAUAGUUAUCGUAUGAUGUCAUCGAAUCCAUCAUCAUCGAUCACAGCCACAAUCACCAAUACGGCAACACCAGAGACCAUUAAUCUUAGCUAAAAAGAAAAAAAACGAUAAUCUUCUUUUUCAUUCAUUAUAAUAUAUGAUUCUAUAAUUUAACGAUUAUUUUAUAAUUAUA